UGCACAUUUUUACUUCUCUUUUUCUUCCACUGUUCCGCUGCGAUUUCAGACGAAUCUGACCAGAUGUCGAUGGUUGAGGACGGACGUAGCCUGGCGGGCUAUACUCUGGACGACGUUUUGGCGAACAACAGAUUAGGGCAACCGGCGGCGGCCGAAAUCCGUAAUCGAACCCUACUGGACAUAAUCCGGGACGAUGAGCCGACCAUCGGAAAGGGGCUUUUCGGUAAGGACAAAAGGACUUGGAAGUCGUUUAGGGAUAAGCUCCGGCUGAAGCGCGCCGGCUCUGCUUGGGUCUCGACUGUCCCGAUUCCGACCUCCGAUAUUCCGGUUCACAAUAAGCGAUCCCUAAUCGGUAAGCGCAAUCAAGUUCGGUUCAGUACGCCACUGUCCAGAAACUCGGGCGAAGAAUCGUCCAAAUUCUCUCGCCGGAACCAAACAUCUCGACAGAGUUCCGCACUGAACAGCUUUAGCGAUUCAUCCGCGUUCCAGCCUGAUGAAUCGUCCGAUUACUCGCAGGCACCAGACGCGGCGCCGAUUCGAAUCAUGAGACCGCAAAUGUCCCGCCACAACUCAGUCCGGAUCCCGAAUUCGAUGGAGAUCUACACGGAUCCGACUGAACCAGAACGCGACAACCGAGUUCGCCAGAUGAACUCCGCCUUCUCGGAUCAGAGAAUGCUGUCCGCGAGAGAAGCCGUAGUAGCACAAGAAGCAGCCGAUGCAGCCUCCGCUGCAGCAGCUGCGGCGGCGGCGGCGGCGGCGGCGGCGGCGGCCGCGGAAGCCGCAGAAGAAGAAGAGGAAAACGAGGGUGAGGAAAACGAAAACGGAAACGGAAACGGAAACGAGAACGGAAGCGAAGAAUCAACGACAGGGUCGGAGGCGUCGUCACCGGCGGCGCAGCCGAUGAGGAUGUCGUUGAUGGACUUGCUGCAGGAGACGGACAGGGAAAUGGGGUUCGAAGGGGCGAGCUACGGAAUGGGCGGCUUAGACGAUUUCUUCGACGAUGAGGAUGAGGAAGAUGAGGAUUACGAAGACGAAGACGACGAAAGAGGAGAAGAAUUCAGCUGCUCCGUUUGCAUGGUGAAGCACAAGAGCGCGGCUAUGGGGGCCUGCGGCCAUACAUUUUGCAGACUCUGUUCCAAGGAGCUAAUGGUCAGCCGCGGGAACUGUCCCACUUGCAACGAUUUCAUCUUGGAAAUUCUUGAUGCUUUUUGAUUCCCUUUUUUGCACUUUCUUUUAUUAUUCAAACCAUUUUUAAAUCUUCUUUUUAAGUUUUAAGUACAUAUAUUGUUUCCCCGUCCGGGCGGAUUUCACCGGACAAAGUUGGAAUGAUAAAGAUUAGUUAAUGUAAA